UUGUAGAAGAAGCAGCUGUAAUGAUGCUGGGGUCCCUGGCGUUGAGAACAGCGCUGGCGCCGCGGCUCCUCAUCCGACUGCUUACGUCUCCAUCGCUCAGGAGCCAUGGAGGCGCCUUCAGCCGGAGCGUAACCACCGGGGGCCGCGGGGAGCCGCAAUGGCUGAGGGCAGCCGCCGGGGGGCGCCCUGGGACAGCGCAGGCCUUGCUUGCAGGACAAGGGGCAGCCACCGGGAGGCGCCGAGGAGGACAUGCGGAGACUCAGUGCUUUGCAGCCACCACGUGGGGACGCCUUCCCAGCCUUGAAGAAAUGCUACCUGGACAAGACGGCUGGAGCAGGGUCCCCAACAGAGCUGGACUGGGCAUGUGGGCCCUGGCCACGGCGCUGGUGGCUCACUGCUACAGCAAGAACCCGUCCAACAAGGAUACAGCCCUGAUGGAAGCUGCUCGCACCAACAAUGUCCAGGAAGUCCGCAGGCUGUUGUCAGAAGGUGCAGAUGUCAAUGCAAGGCACAAACUUGGCUGGACAGCUCUCAUGGUGGCAGCCAUCAGCCGAAACUACAGUGUGGUGCAGGUCCUGCUUGCUGCUGGGGCUGACCCAAACCUUGGAGACGAUUUCAGCAGUGUUUACAAGACCUCCAAGGAGCAAGGAAUCCAUUCUUUGGAAGUCCUGGUCACUCGAGAGGAUGAGUUCAACAACCGGCUGAACAAUCGUGCCAGCUUCAAGGGCUGCACAGCUCUGCACUACGCAGUCCUGGCCGACGACUACCGCACUGUCAAGGAGCUGCUUGAUGGAGGAGCCAGUCCCCUGCAGAGGAAUGAAAUGGGACACACACCCUUGGAUUAUGCCCGAGAAGGGGAAGUGAUGAAGCUUCUGAGGACUUCUGAGGCCAAGUACCAGGAGAAGCAGCGGAAGCGUGAGGCUGAGGAACGACGCCGCUUCCCUCUGGAGCAGCGGCUGAAAGAACACAUCAUUGGCCAGGAGAACGCCAUCGCCACAGUGGGCGCCGCGAUCCGGAGGAAGGAGAAUGGCUGGUACGACGAAGAACACCCUCUGGUCUUCCUCUUCUUGGGAUCAUCUGGAAUAGGAAAAACAGAGCUGGCCAAGCAGACAGCCAAAUAUAUGCAUAAAGAUGCCAAAAAGGGCUUCAUCAGGCUGGACAUGUCUGAGUUCCAGGAGCGACAUGAGGUGGCCAAGUUUAUUGGGUCCCCACCAGGCUACAUCGGCCAUGAGGAAGGUGGCCAGCUGACCAAGAAGUUGAAGCAGUGUCCCAAUGCCGUGGUGCUCUUUGAUGAGGUGGACAAGGCCCAUCCAGAUGUGCUUACCAUCAUGCUGCAGCUGUUUGAUGAGGGCCGGCUGACAGAUGGAAAAGGGAAAACCAUUGACUGUAAGGAUGCCAUCUUCAUCAUGACCUCCAAUGUGGCCAGCGAUGAGAUUGCACAGCAUGCCCUGCAGCUGAGGCAGGAAGCUUUGGAGUUGAGCCAUAACCGUAUCGCCGAGAACCUUGGGGAUGUCCAGAUUAGUGACAAGAUUACCAUCUCAAAGAACUUCAAGGAGAAUGUGAUUCGCCCGAUCCUAAAGGCCAAGCAGAGACACAACAUCACGCUGCUCUGGGACCGCGAGGUGGCAGACGUGUUGGUCGACGGCUACAAUGUGCACUAUGGUGCCCGCUCCAUCAAGCAUGAGGUAGAGCGCCGUGUGGUGAACCAGCUGGCGGCAGCCUACGAGCAGGACCUGCUGCCAGGUGGCUGUACUCUGCGCAUUACUGUGGAGGACUCAGACAAGCAGCUUUUCAAGGGCCCCGAACUGCCCUCACCCCAGGCUGAGAAGCGUCCACCCAAGCUACGGCUGGAGAUCAUCGAUAAGGACAGCAAGACCCACAAACUGGACAUCCGAGCACCAUUACACCCCGAGAAGGUGUGCUACACACUCUAGCAUCUACCUACCUGGCUAUACGUGCCCUCAACAUCCAAUAAAGGCCCCUUGGCUGUGGCAUGGCAACUGACGUAUCUUCCCUUCAUGCCUCUUCCUCCUCUCUACCCAGCCUAAGGACUGCUUGCCUCCUCACAACCCCUUGAAGACCACUGCUCAGCCCCAAAGUCUUGAGCAGGAAUCUUGACCUACUCUGGCCCCUUUGUUCUGGGCCUAUAAUCUGCUAACCAGUCUCCAGGAGAGGAGCUGCCCCUACACUCCCUUCAAGGCAGGGAGGGGACCCCUCACCUCUGUUCUUCAGCAUGAUCCCAUGACCCAAGGUCUCUGAAACUUUCUUAUGCACCCAGGAAGCUCAGAAGUAUAGCAGCUAAGAACAGAUCUGACUGGAAGAAGACAGGAACCAGGCUGUGACCUGCCUACCCUCUGCUGGCCUUCAUGCAGCUCAGUCCUCAGAAUGUCUCCAUGGCGAGUGGGGAAGGAGUAUAGAGGCCCAGGCACAGAUGGCCCUUCCCCAUGCCUGAAAAUUCCAAGGAAAAGGGGUCCAUUGCACUCUUGCCUCUUUCCACUGCCCUAUCACACCUACUAUCCCUUCCCACCCCAUGUCCUGGGAUUAGGCCAGACCAUGUUUCUUCAGCCUUAGAACUAGGCCAGUAUAGGACACCUCUAGGACAGGAGCCUGACUGGUUCAUUACCUCCCCCCCGCCAACUCUGGGACUGGACAACAGUCCCAAACAAGCAAGCAAGCUCAGCUCGACAGUGUCCUCCUUCAGGAGACUAACAACAUAGACACUGGGAAGCUGUAGGGGGAGAAGACCAUGGGAUCAGGCUCUGCCCAGGUGGCCAUGGAGUCUGCUCCAGUCCUGUCUAUAAUGCUGUCCCAGCCUGGUUAGCCUGGAAUAAACAUCUCCCCCAUGCACUCUUUGUGUUAGUCACUAAGGAGAAGGUCUGGACACCAUCCCCCAAGGGCAUUCCACAGACCAGCCGUGUUUCAUCCCAAGUCUAGCAAGGCACAGCAAGGCCUGGUGCAUCCUCAGGCACCCUCUGCAGCAGCCACUGCUGAUGACCACCCGUCAUCCAAGGCCUUCUUGGAACUCUCCUUUAGUUGUUAACUAAUCUCUUUCAAUAGGCAGAAAAUGGGGGCAGGAAUCAAAUUCCCUUGGGUGAUGAGAGUAUGUCAUAACAACAUGGUGGGUAUGAGGCAGUCAUGCCAGGGCGUGGGCUCCAGCAGUUGUUCCAGCAGUCACUUUCUAGCCCCUCAAGGAUCUGUGUCUGCUGAUCUGUUUCAUUUUUUCGUGUUUUUUUUUUUAAUUGUGGUAAAUAUAUAUGUAACAAAACAUUUCAGCAUUUUUUACAUGUACAAUUCAGUAACAUUAAUCAUGUUCAUCACGUUGUUCAUCCCAUCACCUGUUUCUAGAUUUUUUCCAUCACCUUUAAAGAAGCUCAGUGUCCCGUAAGCAACGUCUCCCCCUUUUUUUAAACUUUUGUUUUGAAAUAAUUUUAUACUUAGAGAAUGUUGCAAAAAUAGUAGAGUAUUCCCAUAUACCCUUCACCCAGCUUCCCUUAAUGUUAACAUCUCACAUAGCCAUAGUAUCAUAGUAUUGAUCCAGACAGACCUUAUUCAGAUUUUGCCACCUUCCCACUGAUGUCCUUUUUCUGGUCCAGGAUCCAGUCCAGGAUUCCACAUUACAUUUUGUUGUCAUGCUUCCUACAUCUCUUUCAUUUUGUAAGAGUUCCCUCACUCUUCCUGUCUUUCAUGACCUUGACACUUUUGAAGGUCAUGAAUUUGAGAAUGGUACUUUUGAAGAGUCCAGGCUAGUUGUGUCCCGCAGUUUGGGUUUAUCUAAUGAUUUCACGUGAUUAGGCUGAGGCUAUGCAUUUUUGGCAAGACUAUCAUAGAGGUGAUUUGCCUUUCUCAGUGCCUUAUAUAGGAGAUAAUGUUAACUUUGAUCAUAUGGCUGAGGUGGUAUGUGCCAGGUUUCUGUGCUAUAAAGUUAUUAAUUUGCCCUUUGAAAGCAGUGAGAAUCUUGUGGGAAGAUACUUUGAAAUUAUGCAACUCUUUUAUGCUUAGAAUUUCAUUCACUGAUUUUAGCAUCCAUCAGUGGUUCCUGCUCACAGUAAGUAUUAAUAUUGUAUCUGCCUAAUGAUGAUUUUCUGUUUCCCUUAUUCCUUCUGUAUUUAAUAAUUGAUAGUCUAAGGAGUCCUGGCAGUGCAGUGAUUAAGUGCUUGGCUGCUAACCAAAAGGUUGGUGGUUCGAAUCCACCCAGUAGCUCCACAGGAGAAAGACCUGGUUACCUGCUUGUGUAAAGAUUACAGCCUCGGAAACCCUAUGGGGCAGUUCUACUCUAUCACAUUGGGUCACUGUGAGUCAGAAUUGACUCAACAGAACCUAAUAACAACAGUUUAAGAAAGAGCUGUCCCUUUCAGCCAUUUAUUUAUUCAGUAAUUUAUCCAUAUCAAUGUGGACUCAUGGAUAUUUGUUUUAUCCUAUAGGUUAUAAUCCAAUACUAACAUAGUUUACUUUGCUACUCAGAUUGUCCCAGGUUUGGCCAUUGAGAACUCUUUCAGCAUUGCUCCCAUCAUCUUUUGAGCACUUCUUUACUUUCUGCAUCACAAGAUGUUCCAUGCUCACCUUGUAUUUCCAUUUCUCCAAGAAGCCCCUGGUUUAUUUUAUUCAAGAUUAGUACUUAGAAACUAAGAUCUGGGUACUAGGUAUACUCAUUGCUACUAGGGUUAUUGCUUCUAGGCCCUCUCAGCAGACAGAACUAGGAAAUAUAUAUAUGUAUGUUAACACACGCAUGCACACACAUCUGAAUUUGUUAUUGUACCUAUCUAUCUAUAUAUUUAUUAAAAACCAUAAGUACAUAUUGGUACUUCAAGUUCUAAUCCAACACCAGAGGAUUGUCUGGGUUCAUGGUAGUCAUUUUUACGACUUUACUAUUCUUUCUCUACUUCUUUUGCUCCUGCUGUUUCUUCUCCUUUAUCUCUGUUUGGUGUUGAGACCUCCCUUAGAGCCUCUAAUUCAGUCAGUCAGUCACCAUCCUAUAUGGUACAUUCCUAUUGGACAAAGUUCUUACUGCCUGGCUGCCAGGCCCUUGGUUCAGUUAACUGUGGCCAGAAGCAGCAGGCAUAUAACUCCAAACCAGAUAACUUUUAUAUAGGAAAACCCAGUGGCCACCUUCCUGAGAAGAGAGGGUAGGGGACAGGGUAGACCCUCAGAUUCUGAGGAACUUAAGUAUCAGUUCUUCCUAGGAUUCUUUGCCAGACCUCCUAGCUGAUGUUGGACCCAUGUUAUACUUCCAUAGCACCAUAGGCAAUACUCAACUCAGUUGCAUUACUUGUACCAUGUCUGUCUUCAUAACUAGAAUGGAAGCUCCAAGAGGGCAGAUACCCAACUGUUGAGCUCACUGUUCUAGUCAUAGAACCUGGCACAGUGCCAGCACUUGAUGGAUGCUUGAGAAAUACUUGGAUUGAUGGGUAGGUGGGCUCUGCAGCAAGCACAGAUCUUCACAGUGGGCCUUGGGACAGAGCAGUAUCAUUCAUUCGCUCAGCACAUGUUUAUUUGGCAUGUGCUUGUAGCCAGGCAGCAAGGCUACCUCCAGGACUGGAUCCUUGAGCAAUUGGGGCAAGAUGAGACCCAGAUACCUUAUUGAGGAUCCUGGAAUAUAUGAGGUUGGACUUGGAAAUGUAAGUGUAAUGCCUUUAUUGCUCAAAAAGAAAAACUCAGAGGUGUGCAGUGAUUGUAUAGAUUGUGAUGGUAACAUUUAAACCAUUAGAAAAUGGAUCCAAUAAAGAUAAAAGCUGGAGUUAAUGAAAGAGAAAACAAACCAAAAGGGAUAAAUAGAAAGAUGAUUGUUUGAAAGCACCAAUAGAUAAAAUAUCAUGAACAUGAUAAAGGGAAAAGGAGCAAAAAGACAAGAUUAGGAAUGAGAAAUUAGACAUAACCAUAUAUAUAGAAGAAUUGGAAAUAAUUUUAAGAGAACACUAUGGCAACCAAUUUGAAAACAGCAAAUUUUCUAGGGAACACUGACUCACGAAAUAGAAAGUUUGCAUAGCCAAAUAGAAAGUUUGAUUACUAAAGAGGAAAUUGGAAAGAUGAUUAAAAAUGUAUCAUUUUAAAAGGCUGCUCUUUUAUUUAAACUUUUUAUUGAAAUAUAUAAGGAAAAGUACGUAAAUCACAGUUUAAUGCAUUACCACAAAGUGAACACACUCCUGUAGCCACCACCACUCCCAAGAAAUAGAUGAGUUCUAACUUUUAACGAUUUUAUGAACUAUUUCAUACCAUGGAAAAAAAUGGAAAGCUGCCCAAUUGAUUUUUAAAAGCCAAUGUAAGAUUAAUACUCAAACCUGAUAAAGUGCCAAAAAGAAUGCCAUCGCCUAGUCUUAUUUAUCACUAUCCAAAUAAAAUCAGGUUGAACUGUACACCAAGAUCACAUAAAAUUUAUUUCAGCAAUACAAGGCACAGUAUCAGGAAAUCUGUUAGUAUAAUCCACUACAUCAAGAGCUUAAAAGUUAUUUAAAUGUCUGUAGAUUUCAUAAUAGUAUCAACGCCAGUUUUCUUGUUUUGAUAAUUAUACUGUGAUUAAGAAUAUUCUUGCUUUUAGAAAACAUACAUUGAAGUGUUUAGAGUUUAAAGGUAAAGGCAAUUUGCAAAUGUUUCAGCAAAUUUUAAACUCUAUAUAUACACACAGAAGGUGAUAAAACAAAAGUAAAGUGUUAACAUUUGGAGAAUUUGAAUGAAGGGUACAUAGGAAUUCUUUGGAUUAUUUUUGCAACUUUUUUGUAAGUUCAAAAUUAUUUCAAAGUAAACUUUUUUUUUUUUUAAGGGAGAAAAAACAUUAUUACAUCAACAUAUCCUGAAAGGGCAUUUGAUAAAAUUUUGCAGCUUAAGUACAGUUUGAUAAAAUUUAUGCUCUAAGUAAAACAAGAAAAAAACUUUGAAUGUGAUAGACCAUCAAAAACCAGUAGCAAACAUCAUUUUUUAUUGUAAACCUAAAGUCCGAAAUAAGAUGGGAUACGUACUAACACCUUUAUUAUUCAACAUUGCUUUGAAGGUCCAGGUGAAAGCAUUUAGGCAAGAAAACUAAAUAAUCAAUAUAAAUACUGGAAAAUAAUAAAUUACCUUGUUUUGCUGAUAUAUUACUGAUAUCUAACAAAUCUAAGAGGCUAUUGUAAAAACCUAUUAGCAUUAAUAAAAAAAUGUGGCAAGUGACUAAAUAAAAGAUAAAUGUAUAAAAAUCAAUAGUUUUUCUCUUUUCUAGCAAUAAUCAAAACGGAAAAGUAUUCCAUUCAUAAUUGCAACAAAUAUGUGUAUAUAUUUGCUUAUAUAUGCAUAAAAUACCUCUGGAAAGGGAAGGGAAUUGGGUGAUUGGGGGACAGCAAUGGAAGGCAUACUAUAUUUCUUUUUAUACUUUUAUUAAAUUUUGAGCCAUAUUGUUGCUUGUUCAAAACAUAUUAAAAUACCAAUUUUUUUAUUAUUAUUGUGCUUAUUUAAGUGAAGGUUUAUAAUUCAAGUUAG